AUGCUCGGAACGUUCACUUGCGAUUGUUUCCCCGGAUAUGAGAAGGACAACAAGAACCACACGUGCGUGGACGUGAACGAGUGCGAAAUAGUGGACGAGGUCUGCGGUGCCGGCGAGUGCAGGAACACCGACGGCAGCUUCACGUGCCACUGCCGCGACGGCCACCGCGCCGACGAGCUCUCCAAAGUCUGCGUCGACAUCGACGAGUGCGCGGAGAACCGGGCGCUCUGCCGCGGCGGGCGCUGCGUGAACACGCCGGGCUCGUUCCGGUGCGAGUGCGCGCCCGGCAUGGAGCUCGCGCCCGACCGCCUAUCCUGCAAGGACGUCGACGAGUGCUCCAUCACCUCCGGCAUCUGCAGCAACGGCGCUUGCGAGAACCUGAUGGGCACUUACCAGUGCGUGUGCGACGAGGGCUACGCGCAGUCGACCGUGAAGUCUCACUGCGAGGACAUUGACGAGUGCAGCGAGGACCCCACCCGCUGCCAGCACGAGUGCGUCAACACGCCAGGCUCCUACCACUGCACCUGCAGGGAGGGCUGGCAGCUGCGCGCCGACGGGCGCUCCUGCCGCGACAUCGACGAGUGCGGCGGGGGCGCGCGCGCGUGCGGCGGCGGCCAGUGCCGGAACACGCCGGGCUCCUACCGCUGCGAGUGCGCAGAGGGGCUGCUGCCCGCGCCCGAGGGCUCCAAGCCCACCUGCCUCGACAUCGACGAGUGCACCGACAUCCCCGAGUUGUGCGGUGCGGGCGAGUGCCGCAACACGAUCGGCAGCUUCGUGUGCCGCUGCCCGGACGGGUACAGCGUGAAGCCCGAGCUGGGCCCCGCGUGCUCCGACGACGACGAGUGCGAGCUCGGCACCUGCGACUGCCACCCGGCCGCCGACUGCAUCAACCUGCCGGGCUCGUUCCAGUGCCGCUGCCGCGACGGGUGGCGCGGCGACGGCACCGAGUGCGAGGACGUGGAUGAGUGCGUGACCAACAACGGCGGCUGCCACCCGCGCGCCACCUGCCGCAACACCGACGGCUCCUUCCUCUGCCUCUGCGACACCGGCUACAAGGGCGACGGGUACUCGUGCGUCGAUAUCGACGAGUGCUCCAACGACCCGACGCUCUGCGAGAACGGCCAUUGCACGAACACGCCCGGCGGUUACGAGUGCGAAUGCGACGUCGGCUUCACCAAAGCGGCGGACGGUCGAUCUUGUUUAGAUAUGGACGAGUGCGCGACAUUUGACAACGUGUGCGUGUUCGGGCGAUGCGUGAACACGUACGGAAUGUUCAAGUGCAUCUGCGACAAGGGCUACCAAUCGGACAGCGUCGACGACCUGAUGCCGGGCUUCAACUGCACUGAUGUGGACGAGUGCAAGUCGCCGCAGUCUUGCCAAUACGGUACCUGCAUCAACACGCAGGGCUCCUACAUCUGCCGAUGCCCACCUAACUACGAGCUGGUAUCAGACGGCACCGCUUGCUUCGAUUCAAGAAAGGCUAGAUGCUACGGCAAAGUGGACUUACGGUCCGGUACGGAGCACUGUCGGGACAGCGAUGAGUUGUCUGAAGACGGAACUAUGGCAGCAUGCUGUUGCUCAGUUGGUGCUGCUUGGGGCAACUAUUGCGAUCUAUGCCCAGAGCCAGGUUCCGAGGCGUACAGGCAACUCUGUCCUGGUGGACCUGGCUACCAACCGGUGUUGGAACCUCCUUCGUACGUGGUGACGCUCGCGGACAUAGACGAGUGCGCGCAGCACCCGGCGCUGUGCGAGCACGGCACGUGCACGAACACGUUCGGCUCGUUCGUGUGCACGUGCGGCGCCGGCUGGCGGCUGGCGGAGGGCGCGGCGCGCUGCGACGACGUGGACGAGUGCGCCAGGCCCGACGCGUGCGGGCCCGGCGUCUGCCGCAACCUGCCCGGCAGCUACGUGUGCCUCUGCCCCGAGGGAUACGUCGCCAUGCCCAACGGGAAGGAGUGUGUAGACGUGCGCCAGCGGCAGUGCUACAUGGACUGGGAUCCUGACACCGGCCGGUGCACCGCCGCGGUGGGCGUCCCGCAGACCAAGUACCUGUGCUGCUGCUCGGUGGGCAAGGCUUGGGGCGCGCCCUGCGAGGCCUGCCCCGACAAGGGAUCACAGGAGCACAUGGCGCUCUGUGGCGAGAAACCUGGCGAGUACAUCAACCCGAUGACCAACGAGACGAAGCCGAUCAACGAGUGCGACAUAAUGCCUCAGCUCUGCAAGCCGGGCUCCUGCCACGACACACCCACCGGCUUCCAGUGCGGCUGCGACCACGGGUACGAGCACGACAACGCGUCGCACCUGUGCCGCGACGUGGACGAGUGCGCGCUGCACCGGUCGCCGUGCCGGGGGCUCGCGCAGUGCGUGAACCUGCCGGGCGCGUUCGAGUGCCGCUGCCCCGCCGGCUACCGGCUCACCGCCAGCCUCGACGAGUGCGAGGACGUCGACGAGUGCGCCGACGAGAGGCUCUGCGAGCACGGCGACUGCCGCAACACCAUCGGCUCCUACAGAUGCGAGUGCGCGCCCGGUUACACGCUGCGCGACAACGUGUGCCGCGACGUGGACGAGUGCGCGCGGCCGAGGCCCCUUUGCCGCAACGGCACCUGCGAGAACAGGCCCGGCUCCUACGUGUGCCACUGCGACGACGGGUUCAAGCCCGGCGCGAACAACGACUGCAUCGACAUCAACGAGUGCCGCGAGGGUGGCAUGGUCUGCCGCAACGGGCGGUGCCGCAACACGGUGGGCUCGUUCCGCUGCGAGUGCGCGCCCGGCUACACGCUCACCGCGGACGGGCGCAACUGCCGCGACGUGGACGAGUGCUCCGAGCUGCCGACACCCUGCGGCCGCGACGGCUCCCCCUCCUGCACCAACACCAACGGCGGGUACGAGUGCUCUUGCGGCGCCGGUUGGCGGCUGGCCGGAAGACGUUGCGUGGACCGCGACGAGUGCCGCGAGCUUCCUUAUGUGUGUGCUGGCGGCGACUGCCACAACUUCAACGGCGGUUACCGCUGCGACUGUCCGUCUGGCUGGCGUUUCGACAAGGCGGCCGCGAUUUGCGUGGACGAGAGGAAGGAACUUUGCUACGAGCAAUGGGACGGCGGUCGCUGCCACAAGGCGCGUCCUCUGCAACUCAGCAGACCUGACUGUUGUUGCUCAGAAGGCGCUGCGUGGGGUAGAUACUGUGAGCGAUGCCCCUCACCGGACUCCGCGGAGUUUUUGAGAAUCUGCCAAGGUGGUAUGGGUCGUCCAAAUCUAACUCAGGACCUGGACGAGUGCAAGGUGCGGCCGGACGUGUGCAAGGGCGGGCGCUGCGUGAACACGGACGGCUCGUUCCGCUGCGAGUGCCCCGCGGGCUACGCGCUGGACGGCGGCGGGCUGGCCUGCGUGGACGCGGACGAGUGCGCGCUCGAGCCGCGCCUCUGCGGCAACGGCACCUGCACCAACACGCCCGGCGGCUACGAGUGCCGCUGCAACUACGGCUUCACGCAGGGCGCGGAGCAGACGUGCGUGGACAUAGACGAGUGCGCUGAAGGGCGGGCCUCGUGCUCGUUCCGGUGCCACAACACGGCCGGCUCGUUCCGGUGUACGUGCCCCUACGGGUACCGCCUGGCCGCCGACGGAAUGCACUGCCGCGACGUGGACGAGUGCGCUUCCGAGCCCUCCCCCUGCCCCCACGCCUGCGAGAACGUCGUCGGCUCCUACAUCUGCAAGUGUCCAGACGGCUACAGACGAACGUCGGCGGCGCACGACGCCGCGGACGCUUGUGAGGAUGUGGACGAGUGCGCGGAGCAGGGCGACCGUUGCUCGCCAGGCGUCUGCAUCAACACGGAGGGCAGCUACCUCUGCGACUGCGACGCCGGCUACGAGCGCAGCGAGGAUGGCCACGCCUGCAUCGAUAGAAGAACAGGAACGUGUCACAGGUCCCUUGUAUCUGGUCGAUGCACCCCAGAGCCGUGGCCGAGAUAUACGUCGUCGACACCAGCCUUACCGUCUCAAGUCACUAAAGCCCAGUGCUGUUGCACGCUGGGCGUUGCUUGGGGUCCCGAGUGCGAACUGUGCCCGCUGCCGGGCAGCCCGGAGCGUCUCGAGCUCUGUUCGCAAACCAACCUGAUCGUGGGCGGUGGCGGCUUACCUGGAACCGGCGACAGCACUCUGCCUGGCGUGCUGCUGGGCGAUGUGGACGAGUGCGCGGCAAUGCCCGAUCUGUGCGCGCCCGGUAGAUGCGUCAACACAAUCGGCAGCUUCCGGUGCGUGUGCGCGCGCGGCUACAAGGCGGCGGGCGAGGUGUGCGCGGACGUGGACGAGUGCAGCGUGCGCCCGCCGCCCUGCGAGCAGCUCUGCCGCAACAACGAGGGCUCGUACGAGUGCCUCUGCCGCGCCGGCUACGAGCUGGACGCGGACGGCGCCAACUGCCAGGACGUGGACGAGUGCGAGAGGGGCACGCACACCUGCCAGCAGACGUGCGCCAACACGGAGGGCUCCUUCGAGUGCUCCUGCCAGGAGGGCUACGAGAAGCGCGGCGACGCGUGCGUCGACAUAAACGAGUGCCACGAGGAGGGCGUGUGCCCCGCGCCGGGCAAGUGCGUGAACCUGCUGGGCUCGUUCCGCUGCGUGUGCCCGCGCGGCUUCCGGCUGGACGUGGCGGGCGAGCGCUGUCUCGACCGCGACGAGUGCGCCGAUGGCCGCUGCCAGGCGCCCUGCAGGAACUACGCGGGCGGCUACCGCUGCGAGUGCCCCGCCGGGUCUGUACGGGGCGCGAACGGAGCUUGCAUGCCUACGGACGCGUGCGCAGAGGCGCCCUGUGGGGCCUCGCCCUGCUUCCCCGUGGGCGGCGCGUACCGAUGCGGUUGCCCCACCGGCUAUGGGUGGGACGCGGGACAUGGCGUCUGCCUGCAGCUCGCCGGCGGCUGCGCGACAGCAAGCUGCCUGUUCGGCUGCACCACUUUCGGCGAGUCGUACCAGUGCGGCUGUCCCGCCGGCUACCAGCUGGUGGGCGCGGGCCACUGUCUCACGGCGCUGGACGGCGCUCUUCCACCGGACGACAUUGGAGACGCGCCCGUGUUCCCCGUCAGGGACCAGUACAAAAUCGGCGGGAAGAACGAGCUCAUCUCCACCGAGGGCUGCUUCAGUUGCAAGAUGAACGGCCGUCACAGGAGGGCACCUGAAGAAGGAAUCGUAUUCGCCAACGGCACGAUACAUGUCAGAAGGCGUAGGAGGCGCAGUAGACGUCGCCGUUCUCUGCUGGAGCCGGAAGCGGAACUGAUCGUCGUGAAGGCUACCCCUGCUCAGACUUGGGGUAGGGCACCGCUAUUGCGCCUCGUUCCGGCCGAGGGCGGCGCCAGGGCCCACUACCGAAUCGCGUACGGGGACGACGAUAAGGACUUUGUUUUGUCCAAACGUGAUGGGGCUUGGGCGUUGAGGUUGAGGAGGCACCUGAAGAAGAAGGCUGUCCUGGAGAAACAGCUGGAGUUGGAAGCCAGGUUCGUCCCGGUCCCCGAAGUGGGGAGGAAGAGGAACCGGAGGCAGGCCGACGUAGAAGUACCGUCUCCUCUCAGGCUGUACGUGUCCAUACAGAUCGCCCCUCCAAAAGGC